CAAAGGGAGAAAGAGAGAGAGAGAGAGAGAGGUACUAAAUGGCUUCCAGAGCAAAGAGACAGAAUGGGGACCAGCGUACUCUCCCCGAGCUGAGAAUCAUCCUCCUGGGGAGGGAUUGGCUGGAGAAGAGUCAAACAGGAAACACCAUCCUGGACAGGAAGCUGUUUGACACCAGGAGGGAUGUGGAGAUGUGUGUGAGGAGACAGAGUCUAGUGGAUGGCCGGCAGGUCACUGUGGUCAACACAUCAGACAGAUGCAUCCAGUACUCUGUGCAGGACCCUCUCCUUGUUCACCGUAACAUAGAAGACAGCAUAUCCAUGUGUCAACCAGGUCCCCAUGCCUUCCUCAUGGUCAUCCCUUUGAACUCACGCAAAGGCAGGGAAUGGACAGUAGAGGGCCCCCUCAACCUUCUCAACCACAUACUCUGGAGACACAUGAUGGUAGUGUUUACCCAAUGUGAGAAACUCAGGGGAAUGUCACUAGAGGAACACAUAGUGAGACAUGGGUUUCUCCAGGAGAUGGUGGAGAAGUGUGGGCAUAGGUACCAUGCUUUAAACACUAGGGCCAACACAUGGGGCAAUGAUGUCACUCAGGUCCCAGAGCUGCUGAGGAAGAUAGAUGAAAUGGUGGCAGGUGGUCCUGCUUAUGUUGUCAUGAAUGAGAGGUUUUCAAUGGCAAUUGAAGUUAAGAGGAUGGCAGAGGAGAAGAGGGCGAGUUUGAGACGGAUGAAGGUUCAGAGACAGAGGGAAACACUCAGAUCUCUGCUCAGGGGUAAGUCCCACCAACUAUCUGAAGCUGAACAGAGAAUCAUGAUAGUGGGACCUCGAUUGGUUGGGAAGAGCUCAUCUGGAAAUAGCAUCCUGGGUAAGAAAACCUUUGAGGCUGGACACACGACUUCACACAGUGUGAAAAGACAGGGUGACAUCACCGUAAGACAAGUCACAGUGGUGGACACACCCGGGUGGCAUGGGCGAUACUGCACUGAGGACACUCCUGAAGUGGUAAGAAUUGAGAUUACCCAAGGUGCAUCUCUUUGUGCUCCUGAGCCGCACGCUGUCCUCGUGGUCGUACGCUGUGACGAAACAUUCACAGGGACAGACAGGUCAAGAGCAGAAGAAAAACUGAAUCUGAUUGGUCGGUCAGUCUGGAGUCAAGCUAUAGUGUUGUUCACCUGGGGAGACAAGCUUGGCGACACAGCCAUCGAACUUCACAUCGAGAGAUGGCCUGCCCUUCAGUGGCUUGUCGAUAAAUGUAGCAACAGGUACCAUGUCUUUGAUAACACAAGCCCGGCUGGAGGCCCUCAGGUCACAGAACUUCUGGAGAAAAUUGAGGAGACAGUGAUGGGAAACGAUGGUGAACACUGGCUCAAAAUGUACUGGGAGCUCAGGGAAAGCAAAAAGAAGUUGACAAAAAGCUCUGAGGAGAUUGGGGGAAGACUAGAGGAGGAAGAGAGGGAGAAUGACAAGCUUAAAAGGAUGAUUGAAGAGGAAGAGAGGAAAGUAGAGGAAAUAGAUAAGCGAUAUGAGGAGAAAGAUGGAAUGUUGAAAGAGAUGGAGCAGAGAAACACAAUGAGAGAAAAGGAGAUAGAAGACAGACAUUUGGAGUACGAAAGAGAGAAGGAAUCCCUCAAACAAAUGUGUGUGGAGAAAGACAGAGCAUUGGAUCAGAUGGAGAGGAAGCAUGAAAGAGAAAGUAAAGAACUGAGAGACAAGAUAGAAAACCUGGAAAAGAGAAAGUCUGAAAGAGAAGAGGAGUUGAAUGCCAUGAUUGUUGAGAUACAGAAGGAGUUACAAGAGAAUAAACAAAGGUAUGAAAUGAAAGAGGUGGAGCUAUCAAUGCUAGAGAGAGAUGUAGUGGAGCUUAAGCAGCAGAAUAAAGUGAGAGAAGACAUGAUCAACCAUGUGAAGAUUAAGGAGGAUCGAAUACAACUACACAGAGUGGAAUCUACAGCACCCGCGGACAUGGUGGACAACUCUUAUCUAAAGACUCAACAUAGACAUUUGAGAAAGACACAGAUGUUGUCACGGAAGGAUGGUAAGAGGCAGAGGGACACAGCAGGACGAGAGCAGAGAGUUGGAGAUGAACAGAGAGAAGCACCAUGGUUGAAGAUUGGGGCAGCAGUACUGGGGGCAGUGGUUGGGGCCAUGGCUGGCUCUGUGAGGGCACCACUAAGUGCAGCCACAGGGACUACUAUAGGGGCUGCAGCAGGGGUUCUGCUGGGGAGUUUACUGAUACAAGAGGAAGAGGCCAGAGAUAAGAAAGUGGGGUCUGAUUCCCCUGAAUGCCCCUAUUUAAUAAAAAAAUAAAAUCAGGAUUGGUGGGUCCCUAGCGAGACAUUUGAGCUAACGUAGGCUAAUGCAAUUAGCAUGAGGUUGUAAGUAACAAGAACAUUUCCCAGGACAUAGACAUAUCUGAUAUUGGCAAAAAGCUUAAAUUCUUGUUCAUCUAACUGCACUGUCCAAUUUACAGUAGCUAUUACAGUGAAAUAAUACCAUGCUAUUGUUAAAGGAGAGUCCACAGUUUUGAACAUGAAAAGUUAUUAAUAAGCAAAUAAGGCAUAUCUGAGCAGUCUUGAUACAACAUUUUGAACAGAAAUACAAUGGUUCCUUGGAUCAGUCUAAAACUUUGCGCAUACACUGCUGCCAUCUAGUGGACGAAAUCUAAUUUGAACCUGGGCUGGAAUAAUACAUCAUGGCCUUUCUCUUGCAAAAAUUGAACAAAAGGUGGUCGAUCCUUAAGUUAACCAUUGAAACAAGCAUUUCGCUACACUUGCAUUAACACCUGCUGACCAUGUGUAUGUGACCAGAUUUGAUUUGAACAGUUGACCCAGCACACUGUAGAAUCUGUUUGAGAAGCAGAAUAGUAGUUCUGUAAAGAGUUUUAGGGAGACCGGUAAAAGGUAAAAGGAGCAACUAACGUCUUUGAAUGAGGUGAUAGUUUGCCCAAAUUACAUAUGGUUUCCUAAUUACUUUGGGUGACAUUCCAGAACUUUUCAUAGACCGUGGCGCUAAGGUUAUCUUUCAUCAAUUGCCCACGUUUUUUAAUGAUUUUGUUUACCUGAUUUGUCGUAUACUUUUAUGUCUUUUGUAUUUAUACUGCUGCAAUCAAAUUACUCUAUAUUGAGACAGUAAAGAAUUCCUGUAUCUGAACUUGGUAUCUGAGUAUUGUUCUCACAGAGGCUUCGGAUGCAUAGCAAUAUGUCUGUAUUGACCAUUAUAAUGUAUAAUCAUCUAUAGAGAAUUGUAAUGGAUGGGGUAGGAAUAAAGAUGAUAAUCUCA